AUGGGAAGUAAAAAGGCACAAGAAAUAAUUGACGGAAUGCAGUCUUUUGAUAAGAAGACGAGAUUGAAAUACAUGAAAGAGUUAAAAGUGUUAUGCGAAAUUUUAGGAAUGGAAAGAACCCAAAAUGAAAUUAUUGAAUUUUUAUAUAACAUAAUAGAAGAUGAUUCGGAUGUUUUGUUUGAAUUAUCAAAUAAUUUAAUUUUCAUAACAAAUUUUUUAAAUAAUGUGAAUAACUGUAAUUUUUUAUGUGACUUAUUGUUACAUUUCAUUGUAGCAUAUGAAAGAGAAAUUAAUUCAAAUGCUAUUAUUGCCUUUAAGAAUUACAUACAAAAAUGUGAUAGUAAUACACUGAUAAAUAUUAUAUAUCCCAAAAUUAUCAAGUUAGUUAAUAGCAACAGUGAUAAUUAUCGUAUUGGUGUUAGUAGAAUUAUACCAAUAAUAAUUGAAAGAUGUAUACAAGAAGAUCAACCUAAAUAUACAAAAAUGUUCGUACAGCUGUUCUUGGAAUUGUGUCAAGAUCAAAGUGUACUAGUAAAGAAAUCAUGUUGUGAAACAUUCUCUUUCUUUCUUUUUAUACUAAAAAGAUACAAGGAACUUAUUCAGAAGUGUAAGUAUAUUUCUACCAAAGGUGAAGUAGAGGAGGACGAGAAAAGAUCCCUCCUAGGGGAUGACGUUGUAGGAACUGAUCAUGGAUAUGUACCACGUACAAGUGGUGAUAGUGAAGUAGAUCGGAAAGUAAAAUCGCUGAAUGGAGAUAAGAAGGAAUUGAAGCAGAGAGAAUUGGAAAAACGAGAAGAAGUUAAUUGUGCCAUGGCUGUACAUAGAAUCAUAGGAAACGGAACAAGCAGACACAAGACAAAUGAUGAAGAAACACGAGAGGUGAAAGAUAUCGAAGAGACAUGGGAUGCAUCAACAACAAAUGAGAAAGGAAAAAUAUUUAUAGAUAAUAUGUGGGAAGUGGCUAUGGAAAUAUACAGAGGUUUUUUUUUCCCUAUAAAUGGAAUGGAUGAAGUUCAAAUAAGCGCAGUAUCUAUGUUAUCAGGUGUUCUAACAUGUGAUCCAUAUUUUGUUAAAAAUUUAGAAGAAAUAUUAAGGAACAUAUGUAAUGAUGAAAGUUGGAGAGUAAGGGCAACUUUAGCAAAUAAUAUUUACAGUAUUUUAAAAGUACGAAAAAAUGAAGAUAUAUCUAUAAUCAUAUUAUUACUAUUAAAAGAUGUAGAUAGUAAUGUACGUAGCAUUGUAUUAAAUAACCUUGAUAAUAUAUUAGUACAUUCCAAAAUUAAUGUGAAUAUAAUGGAUGAAAUAUUUGAUGAUCUGAAAAGAGAUAUUGAUAGUAACAAUGUGCAUUUAAAAAUUUCUUUAUGUAAAUUGUUGUGCUCUUUACCAGAUAUUUUAGAUAAAAAUGGAUCUAUUGAAUAUAUUCUUCCAUUAUUUUUAUUAUUCAUAAGAAUAGAGGAAAGUGAUUUAAAAUCAGAACUUUUUAUAUGUUUGCAUAAAAUAUCAAAACUUAUCUCUUUUUUUGAUAUGAAACAAAUCAUUAUUCCUUUGUGUCAGGAAAUUGUUAAAAGUAAAAACUGGAGAUUAAGACAUUCAUUAUAUUAUUAUUUAAAAUUUUUUGGUCAUUUUUUUUUUUAUCAAAAUAAGGAAAAUGUUUCAUCAAAUUAUGCAGAUUUUUGGAAUUAUAUCAAUAUAGGGGCUAAAGAUGUUGUAUAUUCAAUCCGAAUGGAAGUAGUAGACACAUUAAAUUUUUUAAUUAAAGAUAGAAACUUUUCUUUUUUUGAAAAAGGAAUUACACGAAUCUUAAAUGAUCUUAAAGAAUCUAGGAGUUAUAUAUGUAGAAUCACUUGCUUGCAAUACAUAUCCAAAUUAGUUAUGUACUUCUCCUUAUACUAUAUCGAAAAUUACGUACUAAACAUUUUGGAAGAACUAAGUAUGGACAAAAUAAGUAACAUUAGGUAUAACAUUGUAAUGACCAUUUAUUAUGUCAAGAAGUACGUAAAGUAUGUUUUGUCUGUUAUAAUGAGUAAAACCUAUGACACGUUGAUGUGUAAAGUCACAAGAAUGGUUGAACGGAAGAAUAAGGAAAAUGAGGAAAAUGAAAAAAAUCGUACGUACGAAAGGAGUGGAACAAUAACUUCAAGUGCAGGGACACGCAUACACACAGAUGCAGGUUUAGAGUCAAAUGGAAAUGUAGAAAAAGAAGAUAGCAUGAAAGAUAACAUGCAUUAUUAUGAAUCAAGCAAGUCCCGUAAUGACAGUAGUGAAUAUUUUCAUAUCUUGAAUUAUAAGCAGUGUCUUCUAAAUGAUCACAUAAAACAAAAGAAAUAUUCCUUCCUAAUAAACUCGUGUUCAAUUUCUUCUUUUUCUUUCUAUGAAAACAUGAAGAAUACAGACACAAAUAAACGCAGCUGUGAGAAUAUUUUAAACGUUCUAUCGGAGAAGAUAAACACUUUGGGAAACGACACUGACACUGAUGUAUCUAUGGCAUCGAAUUCAUUGAAGAACGACGAUUUCUUUUAUUACAUAAAUUCCAUAAACACAUUCAACGCAGUUUGUAGGCCGAUAAAAUGA